AUGUUCAAUCAUAGUAAUAAUAAUAAUGAAUAUAUAGAAGUAAAGUUAUCUAAUCUAACACUAUUGAAUAUCAUUGAAAAGAUAGAUGAUAAUGUAGAUUUGAUAUGCUUUUUGUUGACUUGUAAGAGGUUGUAUUACUCGAUCAGACAACACAAGAAUAUUCGGUUCAAAGAUAUAAAGUACAUUGAUGUCAACUCUAAAAGUCUACUGUGUACACCAAAGAAGAAGAAGAAGAUUUGCAACUAUGGUAGUUCCGUGGGUUGUCUACCAUCAUUCAAAGAGAUGAUUGACAAUACAAUUUCAAAUCAACUGGUACUGGUCUCUCCUCAUUCAGAGUUAAAGGAACAACAACAACAACAACAACAACAACAACAACAACAAUCAAUUAUUCAUGUACUUUACGACAAGGACAAUAAUGCAUAUGAUGGUAAAGAAUUUGAUAGAGUAGAUACUGUUUUAAUGUCACUUGACAAGGAUUAUGGUAUUGGUCAACCAGGUCAUCAGUUAAGGUUACCUUUAUCAUCAUCAUCAAUGGCUAUUGAUAAUGUAAAGGGUAAUCUAGACUAUCAACUCUCUUUUAUACCACCAUCAGUUACAAGAUUGAUUCUUUAUUUUAAAUAUGUUGAUAUUGAUAAAGGUGUGUUGCCAAGUACCAUCAAAUCAUUGACAUUGGAACUUAAAACAGCUGGUCUUGAAACAGGUGCCCUGCCAACAAGUUUGACAUCUCUCAAACUAGAUAUAUACGAUCCCCCUCCACUCGAUUUCUUCCAGUCAUUGACAUCACUCGUCUACCUUUAUAUUGGAUGGUUCGCACCUCCAUCACGCAUCCCAUCCCAUUGUAUUGAUCUCCAGUCUCUUGUCAAUCUCGAAACAUUAGAUGUCUCACAAUAUUAUCUAUCUGAUUUUAAACUACCCCAUCACUCAAGUCUCAAACAUAUAUUCUUGGCACCGAAUACUAGAAGGGUUUACAUUGACCAUAUACCACAGUUCUUGGAGAGUCUUAGUAUAUCAUUUGAUGUUUUAAUGUCGGUGCCACAACCAAGUCGUACUCUUCCAUUGACACUCAAAAAGCUAUGUCUCUUUCAAUGUCAUUCACCGGUUCCCGUUGGUUUGAUACCAAAUAGUGUCACUAGUCUUGACCUAUCUGUCAACCAACCUAAUCAUCUUUUAGAGGGUACCAUUCCAAUGUCUGUUGAAAAAUUGUCACUUGGAAAUUAUGGUGGUCCAAUCAAUUUAGAUUAUCUUCCCAAGAAUUCUCUAAAAGAAUUGUCUUGGAUAAAACAUGCUUCUAGAAACAUGAUCUCCUUCUCCCCCUCCUCAUUGCAUGAUGAAUCAAAAUAUAGUCAACUUCCAACAUCACUCACAUCAUUGAUUAUUUCAUUAAUUACAACCAUACCAAAUACAAAUAUUUAUUCAUUAUCACAUACUAUUAAACAAUCAUACAAUAUUAAAUUUCAAUCAAGUAAUAAUAAUCAAAAUAAUAACAACUGUAAUAAUAAUAGUAACGAUUGGAUUCUUCCACCAAAUAUCAAACAGUUGACUUGUUUGAUUAGUCCUCCUGUUCGUAGAAAACCCUAUGAUAAUAAUCAAAAGGAGGGAGGGGCCUCCUAUUUUGGUUUAAAUGAAAUUAUCAAUCAAACCAACGUUCAAUUGCUUACUAUUAUAUAUGAAAAUGAAUCGGUUGUAUUUGAUAUUCGUCGAUUAGAAAGAGAGUCUGGCAAAGUGUUAAUCAUUGACAAACAAUCAAUCUCUGGUGUAUUUGUCACUCUAUCAAAAGAUAAUAAUUGUCGAAUUUACUUUUCAACAAACGGUUAA